AUGGCGAAGAAAAAAGAGUGUGUGAAACUUCUAGAGUUUUGGAUGAGCCCUUUCAGUCGUAGGGUCGAGAUGGCUCUGAAACUCAAGGGCGUGCCUUAUGAGUACUUGGAGGAAGAUUUUCCCAAAAAGACUCCUUUGCUUCUGAAGCUAAACCCCGUUCACAAAAAAGUUCCGGUUCUUGUCCACAAUGAUAAAAUACUAUCCGAGUCGCAUGUGAUCCUCGAAUACAUCAACCAAACAUGGAAGAACAAUCCAAUUCUACCUCAAGAUCCCUACGAAAAAGCCAUGGCUCGAUUUUGGGCCAAGUUCGUCGAUGAGCAGAUCUUAUCACUAGGUUUCAUGUCUCUGGUAAAAGCAGAGAAUGGAAUAGAAGUUGCUAUCGAAGAGACUCGAGAACUGAUUACAUAUCUUGAGAAGGAAGUCACUGGGAAAGAUUUCUUCGGUGGCAAAACGAUUGGAUUCUUGGACAUGGUUGCAGGAAGUAUGAUCCCGUUUUGCCUGGCUCGGGCUUGGGAAUGUAUGGGAAUUGAUAUGAUUCCACAUGAGAAGUUUCCAGAAUUAAACAGGUGGAUCAAGAGAUUGAAUGAGGUUGAGAUCGUGAGGGAAUGUAUACCUCCGAAAGAGAAACAUAUUGAGCGCGCAUGCACAAAAUUGUAG